UCUCUCUCUCUCUCUCUCUCUCUCUCUCUCUCUCUCUCUCUCUCAAGUUGCUUUUCGUUUCUUUUUCUCCCGGAGAUUCUGAAUCCUAGAGCAUCUGCACUUUCAUUACCCAAUUCUUCGAGAAAAAAUAGGAAAAGAAAGUUAGAGAAGAUAUGAAGAAUUCAGCUUCGGAGCAGAGCUUCUACAUCGAGAGCGAAGAGGAAGACGAGGAGAAUGUCUACGGGAAUGUCAGCAAUGAAGGAGAUGGUAACGAUUCCGAUUCAUCUGCUUCUUCGACUGAAACCCCUCAACAGAACAAACCCGGCUCUCACAACACUUCCUGGCCUCAGAGUUACAGGCAGUCGAUUGAUUUAUACAGCAGCGUGCCAUCGCCGAAUAUUGGGUUUCUGGGCACUCCAAGUCUACCGAAGAUCAGUGGUUCUUUCCUGUCUUCUUCUCUCACGAGAAGGCGUACUCCUGAGGUAUUGUCCUCCGUGAUAAAGCCGCUGUUGCCGGAAUCGGAGGAGCAGCCACCUCCCCCACUGCCACAUGAGCGGCGGAGCUCCCACAGUCUCCUUCCCCCUCUCCCGAGGAAGACUUCAGUCCGGAAGGAUGAGAAGCCGUCAUCCAAGGUCUCGCACGAGGUCCCGAUUCCCCGGCAGAGUUCUUAUGGACAAGCUGUUCUAAAUGGAAUGAAUAUACUAUGCGGAGUGGGCAUACUUUCGACUCCCUACGCAGCCAAGGAAGGAGGAUGGGUCGGCUUGUCCAUUCUGUUCAUAUUCGCUAUGCUUUCGUACUACACGGGUAUCCUCCUGCGGUACUGCCUGGACAGUCAGCCUGGGAUCGAGACUUAUCCCGACAUUGGCCAAGCAGCGUUUGGGACCGCUGGUCGGAUCGCCAUCUCGAUUAUACUUUAUGUAGAACUAUACGCCUGCUGUGUGGAGUACAUUAUUUUGGAGAGUGACAACUUGUCAUCGUUGUUCCCAAAUGCUCAUAUCAAUGUGGGUCGGUUCGAGUUGGACUCUCACCAUCUCUUUGCACUGAUGACUACUCUCGCGGUUCUUCCCACUGUUUGGCUUCGGGAUCUCAGUGUCCUGAGCUACAUUUCUGCUGGAGGAGUUGUAGCAUCUGUUUUGGUUGUCCUGUGUUUGUUCUGGGUUGGUCUCGUUGACAAGGUCGAGUUUCACAGCAGUAGCACUUCAACCCUGAGCCUAGCAACCCUUCCAGUGGCCAUUGGCCUAUACGGUUACUGUUACUCGGGCCAUGCUGUAUUUCCUAACAUAUACACGUCGAUGAAGCAACCAAGUCAAUAUACUUCUAUGCUCUUGACAAGCUUCGGGAUUUGCACGUUGAUGUAUGCUGGAGUUGCAGUAAUGGGGUACAUGAUGUUCGGGAAUAUGACUCUCUCGCAGUUCACGCUUAACAUGCCUCAAGAAUUGGUUGCCUCGAAGAUCGCCAUUUGGACCACGGUUGUUAACCCAUUUACCAAGUAUGCUCUGACAAUGUCCCCUGUCGCGAUGAGUCUUGAAGAGCUGAUCCCGUCAAGUCACUUGAAGUCCCACGUGUAUGCAAUCGCCAUUAGAACAGCACUCGUGAUCUCGACUUUAAUUGUGGCCCUCACUAUCCCAUUCUUUGGUCUGGUGAUGUCGCUGAUCGGAUCUUUAUUAACAAUGCUUGUGACAUUGAUACUUCCAUGUGCUUGUUUCCUAAGCAUUUUGAGGGGGAAAGUCACGCCAUUUCAGGGAGCGCUGUGCUGUGUGAUUAUCCUCGUGGGAGUUGUAUCAUCUGCUUUUGGGACAUAUUCAGCUCUUUCAAAGAUCAUCGAGAAUUUGAGGAGCUGAGGUUUCAGUCUCACAGAUGACCGUAUUAUUCUUCCGAGUCCAUGAGAAGAGGUGUUGAGCUAAUAUAUGAAGUGGACUCUAGAUUGUGAGGUUUCGGCUUUCCAAACUUCAAUUUCGGGAUAAUAAUCAGUUUUUGUUCGUCCUAGUUAGUAUCACGUGUUUCAUUAUCAGCUUGAAUGAGAAAUGUCUCCGUGUACUAGUAGCUUCUAAGAGGUCCUGCCAAUGGAUACGAGUCACACAAUAAUACUUUUUUCUAUCACAAAUUCUCGAAUUA